ACUAUUAGAAAACCAGCAAAAAAUUUGCAAUGUCAUUGUUCCCUGCAAGCAGGAGAAACUGUUCAAGUCCUUUCAUACAUUUAGGGAGAACAUAUGAUUGCAUUGAGGAACAUUUGUUUUGGUUCAAAAUUUUCAGGCAAACUACAGCUUCUCUUACCAUCCUCAUAAAAAAUCUUUCUCCUUAUUUUGUGAUAAUAUGUAAAUGGUUCUUGCAUUGGCUCUGUAAAAUUGAACUCCCAUGUCCACUCUUCAUUGUGGUGAAUGGAAUUCUUCUUCUUGACACUUAAACCAAUCUUGGAAUUUGUCCCAAGACAGCAACACAUGUCUGUUUCAUUUGCCUGGAAAUCUAGAUAGAACCCUUGACACAUUUCUCAACCUCCAGCCUUUCCCAUGUUACCAUCAACUAUGAAAUCAAGAAAAGAUUAAGCAAGUAAUAACAUUAAUAAAAACCAUAAAUAUGUAGGAAACUGUAUUAGCCUAAAUAUGAUAGUAAUGCACAUGCCAAUUUCAUGCUAGAGUAAAGGCUUCAUACAUUUGUUUCAGUUUCAAAAGCAAGUCUGAACAUGCAGAUCUCUAUUCCUGCCCACAGGUUGAUGUUCAUCCAUAAAGAGAGAGGAAGCACAGAUGUAAGGCACCAUUUUCAUUUUGGGUUAGAGAUGUAUAAGUCAUUUAGAAAUGUAAACAAGAAAGAUCAGUCUUAAUGGUCAAAAUCAUAUUAACUUUGAACAAAAAGCAUAAAAAAGGAGUUGCAACAGAAAAACAACCAUCCCUGUACUUUCUCCCCUACCUAUAAUGAAAUGUUUCUUUUUUGGGGGUGAUUCAGCUUGUUCUAUAGAUUAAGCAUUAGUCAUAUAACUCAUCAUAGAGCAUCAAGUUAUUACCUCAAUUCCUAUCCUUCAAACUUCAGCAAAAGAUAUCCAAUUCAUUGGCACACCAUCACUCUUCAGAGAAGAUAUUAUCAAUAAUUUAAUCCUUCUUCCACACAUUUUAUUAAAAGCAUGGCUGAAGAUUUAUGAAGAAAACCAGGGGAGGAUGCAAUAUUAGAAAAACAAUUAUCCAAAUUGAAGAUAUCAACAUACAAUUUCACAAGGAGAAAAAUAUAAUGCGCUCAUAUUAUAAUCAUACAUAUGGAAAAGGUUAGUUAAUUAGGGACUCCUAAGUCCUUUCAUCCAAAACAGUGCUGUUUCAGUAGCUUAGGCCAACUAGACAAGACUAGAGUGAUUCUGUCAUUUCACAACUGGGUUUGCUUUUAAUCUAAGGCUUGAACCAUCAAAUGACAACUUCUUGGAUAAAAAGACUCUAAUCUA